GGUUUUUGAAGUAGAUCUCGGUAAAGCAGAUAAUCGAUUCACGCGCGAAUCCUGCCCUUGCAAAUCGUCGUCCUUGUCCCAACUCAUCCAGCACAUCCAACGGUAUGGGUUUCGUCAAAAUGCCUACUCUGGCAGCACACGUCUCCAGACCUGCCAAAGUUGCACUCACUGUCGCUUUCGUGGCACUCUAUCCAGCAAUCUGCAUCCUUCACGAAGCCUGGGUAAUUCAAUGUGAACGUAGCUACGGGUAUAUCCGUACCGAGCCGAAACCUCGCCCGAUAACCUCCAGAUGGCGGCGGCGGCGAGCUCUUACCAACAGAGACGUAAAGCCCCCUGGUGACUGUUCACUAUUAGCAUUACCACGAGAGGUGAGAGAUGAGAUCUGGCGACACGUGAUUGGGGAGCCAAAGGUGCAUGCUUGGAUUUCAGCUGUAGACAGCUCUAGAGGGCUAGAAGGGGCGAGAUGUGGAGAGGUGUGUCAGCAUUGUUCGUGGCACUCAGUAGGAUACUCGACCGCGAGCACGGAUAAAGCUUCUGAUCCCACGUUUGGUGUCAUGGGAUGUCUGUUAAGUUGCGCCCAAACAUAUUCAGAAGCCAUUAAAUUGUUGUACUCCAUGCCAUCAUUCGACUUCGCAAAUGGCUCCAAAAUUGCAUACUUGCCCCGAGUGCUUCUUCAACAACGAAUCAACCUCAUUCGAACCCUAAACGUGACUUGGAGAUUGGAGGAUCCUCCAUCACUACCCUCUCCACCACGACGAUCUAGUGACCCAGACAAAAUGGAGAAGGCAAAGCAAAAGAAUCAUCACUAUCGCGAGACUUGGGUUGCCGUCUGGCAAAAUCUGGCCGCUAUGGAGGGACUUGUUGACUUGAAGGUGGAACUGAAAAUCGGAUCGAGGAAGAGAAGACAUAUUCGACACACGCGGUCGCACCUAUGGAACGCGAGUGACCUCGAAAUUGCGAAGACAGUGACGAGGCCGCGGAACUUCCAGCUCAUUCUGCCUGCUGAGUUGGAGAACAGGGUAAGAGAGGAUGUAACUGCACCGAAUCUGAGACUUGUGCCAUCACUCAAUGCAAGAGGUCGAUUCUGAAUUCGAUGUCUUCAGGGUCUUAAGAUAGUAACUACUAUCACUGAAGACUCGAAUUCCCUGUACCCGCUAGACAAUCUCCUGGCAGUAUGUCAGAUCCGCUGCUCAUGUUCCCAUCUUCUCUAUAGCGAAGAAACUCACAGCGCUUGCCCUUUGUCUCCUUGGAUUCAAUCCCUUGAUGGAA